AUGAUGCCUCCCAAAAGGAAACUCAGCUCACGCAUCCCAGCCAACGCUGCCUCUGCAGUCGCCUACACAGACAGGGCCGGCGAUGCCCCAAACAAGCGAUCCAAGCUCUCAAAACCCGCAGCGAAAGCCUUCACAAAACCCGAACAUCCCACCAAAGAUGGAGACGAGGGCGAUGCAAUUGUCACUCAAGGUAGAGGCGGGGUCGAACAACAAGAUGAAGAUGCUGCGAAUUUCGACCAUUCGCGCCCGGAAGAGAAGACCGGUAUCGUAGACAGAAGAUUCUACCCGGCGGAAAUGAGCAACGAGCGAUGCGCCAUGUACAAUGCCAACGAAAUUCCGCGGCCGAUGGGAAUCCUGAACGCGACGCUGGAGAGAACAAAAGAUGCGAGAGAGGAGAUCCAGAACGGCGAGGGCGGCCAGGCGGUCAUACAUUGGUUCAAGAGGGACUUGCGUAUUAGGGAUAACACUGGGCUGAGCAAAGCAAGUGAGCUGGCGAAAAAGAAGGGUGUCGGUGUGAUAGGUGUGUGGAUCAUGUCUCCGCAAGAUUGGGAGGCCCAUCUGGUAUCCCCUGCGAAGUGCGAUUUCGAGCUUCGUUCCGUGAAGCUAUUGCAGGAGGAGUUGGCUGAACUGAAUAUUCCACUGUACACUGAGACGAUUACGCCGCGCAAGGACGUACCAAAACGCUUACUGAACCUUGCCAAAAAGUGGGGAGUGAAGAACAUAUUCUGCAACCUGGAAUAUGAGCCAGAUGAGUUGAGGAGAGAAGAAAGAUUGGUGCGAUUGGGAACAGAGGACGGCAUCAACUUCGAGCCAUGUCACGAUGACUGCGUCGUGCCGCCAGGAAGCCUCAAAACCGGCGCUGGUAGACAGUUCGCUGUGUAUUCGCCGUGGUAUAGAGCCUGGGUGGCACAUUUGCACGCACAUCCCCAUUUGCUGAACGAACGGCCAAUGCCAGAGCAGAAUCCGUCUGGCUUCAGAGAUAAUUUCAAGACCCUCUUUGAUCGCGAAAUUCCACCAGCUCCAGAGACCAAAGCGCUUGGUCCGGAGCAGAAAGAGCGCUUCUAUCAUCUCUGGCCCGCAGGCGAAGCGGCUGCCAUAGACCGUAUCAGUCUUUUCCUGACAGAGAAGAUUGGGCGCUACACCGCCACCCGUAACUUCCCAGCGAAACAGUCCACUGCAAGCGUGAGCGUGCAUCAUGCAGCCGGGACGCUGGCCGCAAGGACAAGUGUGAGGCUGGCGAGAGAUGUGAACAGUACGAAGAAGCUAGAUGGCGGUAUUGAAGGAAUAAAAGGAUGGAUCGGGGAAAUUGCGUGGAGGGACUUCUACAGACAUGUGCUGGUCAACUGGCCAUAUGUUUGCAUGAACAAGCCCUUCAAGUUCGAGUACACGAACAUCGAGUGGGAGUACAACGACGAGCACUUCCGUGCCUGGACAGAAGGCCGCACCGGCUACCCAAUAGUCGAUGCCGCAAUGCGCUCCCUUAACUCCACAGCCUACAUGCACAACCGCCUGCGCAUGAUCACCGCCUCCUUCCUCGCCAAACACCUCCUCCUUGACUGGCGCCUCGGCGAGCAGUACUUCAUUACGCACCUCAUCGACGGCGACUUUGCGUCCAACAACGGCGGUUGGGGGUUUUCAUCCUCUACAGGAGUCGAUCCGCAACCGUAUUUCCGCGUUUUCAACCCGUGGCUCCAGAGUGAGAAGUUUGAUGCGGAGGGGGAGUUUAUCCGGAAGUGGGUACCAGAACUGAGUGAGAUUAAGGGAGAAGGGAUUCAUAAUCCUUACGAUAAGGGAGGAGAGGCUGAGAAGAUUGCGAAGAGGGAGGGGUAUCCAAGGGUAAUUGUGGAACACAAAUUUGCGAGGGAUAGGUGUUUGAAAAGGUACAAGGCGGGAAUUGGAAGGGAAUCGGCGUGA